GUUUUCUCUUUUUUUACUGAUUUGUGUGAUUUUUAACUCUACUUGUUUCUAAGCCUGAUGUAAAGUUGGCGUGUGUUUAAAGGGAGGGCCUCCUGACUCUCUCUAAUUGGCACUCCAAUCAGCAGUGGGAGGCAGUUUUAAAGGCGUCUCCCUUCUUGCAGGCGCUUGUAAAACAAUGAACGUCUUUGAGUGUGGACAAUUUUGAAUGCAGGCAGGCUGACAAAUGGGGAAACUUGCGUUACCUUCCCUGGCGAUGACCCCCUGACUGAAUGCGCUCAAGAGCGAAGUCAGGGAACUUUCCAUUUUGCUCUAGUUUUUUUUUUUUUUUUUUUUUUUAUAAAUAAAUCCAUUUGAACUUGGCGACAACAAGCAUAUUUGCAGCUUUUUCAGAUCUGCGAUUCAAAGUCUCGGAGGAAACGGGAGCGGUGAGCCAGCGCCGCGAAACGGAUUAUCGACGAUCCUUCACGGCAUCACACAGCUGGUUUACUUUACACGAACCGCCCGGAUCACCGUUAAACCGGGUUGCCCGCAAGAACAACAGAGAAAGACGAUUUUGCUCAUAAUUCCAUUUCACUGCAUUAUUUGAAGAGCUUGUGGAACCUGCCCGCAAGUGUUGAGCAACUUUAAAAGCAAUGGUGGGAAGACUGAACUUGCGGAAUGUGUGUGACGAUGAUCCGCUGGAUAUGAAUCUGAAAGCUGAUCGGCCGCUGGACAGUCCGGACUCCGGUCUGCCUCCGAGUCCGAGCCCGAGCGUUUGGUUACUGCAGGGCACCGGGUCUGGAACCCCGAUUACAGAAGACGAGAACAGAGGGACAGCUGUGGUUCCUAAUAAUCGCCAGUUGCAUGCAUUGUCCUAUGGAGAAGGAAUUGAACUUGAUCCUUUGCCACUGAAAGAAAUAAGAUACACGUCGUCAGUGCGUUAUGAUUCAGAUCGGCACUUCAUCCAGGAUGUGACCCUGCAGCCCAAGGGUUUGGGUCUGGAGAUGUGCAGCCAGACGGUGUUGGCCCUGCCUCAGAGCACCUGGAGACAUUACAAGAUCCAGCUGGAGUUCCAGCCCCGUCAGCGGGUGCAGCGCUACCAGAGCACCACUAUAGUGUACCCCAAACACACCCGGACCUUCUACACCACCCAGCUCAAUUAUGACGGGCACAAGCUGACCAAGCGCUUCUUCUCUGCUGUAGAGCUGCAGGCUUCUGAUUGCCAGGCUGGUCUUUGAAAGACACUCAGGCAUCUGUGCCUGACAUUACACCCCCAUAUGCCCCAAUUAUAAACCACCGCCUGAAUUCAUUGAGUCCCAAGAGGGAAAAAAAGGAAACUUGGACUGAAAUUGUUGCAAGUUGGAAAGAGGAUCCCUAGACAGACGUGCAGUUUUAGUUUGUUUUAAGGAGAGUAUGCAACUGUGUUGCUCUUUUUGAAGGUUUGGUUUGGAGCAGCGUAUGGAUAUUUGUGACCCUGGACCACAAAACCAGUCUUAAGUGUCAAUUUUUUCGAAAUUGAGAUUUAUACUUCAUCUUAAAGUUGAAUAAAUAAGCUUGAUGUAUCUAUUUGCAUCCAUUGAUGUAUGGUUUGUUAGGAUCGGACAACAUUUGGCCAAGAUACAACUAUUUUAAAAUCUGGAAUCUGAGGGUGCAAAAAAAUCUAAAUACUGAGAAAAUCGCCUUUAAAGUUGUCCAAAUGAAGUUCUUAGCUAUGCAUAUUACUAAUCAAAAAUGAAGUUUUGAUAUAUUUACGGUAAGAAAUUUACAAAAUAUCUUCAUGGAACAUGAUCUUUACUUAAUAUCCUAAUGAUUUUUGGCAUAAAAUAAAAAUGGAUAAUUUUGACCCAUACAAUGUAUUUUUGACUAUUGCUACAAAUAUACCCCAGCGACUUAAGACUGGUUUUGUGGUCCAGGGUCACAUUUGUAUGGGUUUUCUCCAUCAGUUCUCAAUGGUAAAGUACAAAAAUGGUUUUUAAUUGUAUGUAGGAAUGUGAUUGAUUAUUUAAUAGUGAGAUUCAAGUUUUAGAUAUUCUGCGCUGGUCUUGGACCAUCAUUGGUUUGAAGGUUAGAUUUAAUGUUGACACAUAGUUGGCUCAUACAGAGAUAUGUGAUUUACUAGUGAGCAAACUUAUUUACCCCAUCAUAAAUUGAGUAUUAGAAUAAUAAAAUAGUGCAUUUUAGGGCUGGGAUACAAAGGUGGAGUUUCAGUACAUAUCACAUGUUAGGGUAACGUUCAUAUAUUAGGGUCUAAAAAAGGUUUUCAGAAAAAAACAGGGUAUGUUAGUGUGUCUUUGCACAAGGGUGGUGAGUGUAUCUGGGUUAAAACAUUAACUCCAUCUUAAACUAACCUUAUCUGCAUAUUUUUACUACUUUAAGUCUCCAUUAGGACACUUAUGCUGUUAUCCAUAUGUUCUUUAUGUAAAGGCUAGCUAACUUCCACAGCUUUGCUUGGUUUUAGUAAGUCAUUCUCUGUGUUGUUACCCGUGAAGGAAAAAUUAGAAGUGGGGUCACAUUAGAACUAAACUCAAUCAUGCCUAAUACUGCAGACUGAGGUAUCUGUAGACCAGUGUUUGAAAUAAAUUAUAAUGUAAAUAACAGCAUUUCAGUUUAAAAUGUUUUUAUCAGUGGCACUUUUCCCUAUUUAUUUCUUGUUCUUGUUUUAAUUUUCUUUAAUUCUGUGCACAGUCAUUGAUCAAGUGCUGCUUUUAAAAUCUGUAGCUGUGCAAAAUUAUUAUUCUUUUAACUCAAAUUACUUUAAGAUGGCUAUUAACUGUUAAAAUGAAAUAAAUAACAUUUUUAAAGUGACAUGUUGGGGUUUUUUUGUAAUAAA